UUGACUUUGCUCAAAGUGAAGAAAUAUCACUUGACAGAGAGAAACUUAGUAGUUUCAGACUAUAAGUAUAUAAUACAUUGCGUUUGACGUACAGUGACCAUGAAGGCAGUUUACAUACUUCUGUUGUUGUCCCUUGUCGGAAUCGUUUAUGCAAAAGCUACUCCUGAUCGAGCGAAAGUACCAUCUCAACCAAAACCUUCUCAUCCAAAACCUUCUCAUCCAAAACCUUCUCCUGGACACUCUGAUGAAGACUCUGGUGAAAAUGGUGAAAAUUCUGGUGAAGACUCUGGUGAAAACUCCGGUGAACACGAUGAUGGACACGAUGGUGGACACAAUGACGGACACAAUGGCGGACACAAUGGUGGACACAAUGGUGGACACAAUGGCGGCAAUGGUGGCAAUGGUGAUAACGGUGAUAACGGUGAUAAUGGUGGUAAUGGUGGUAAGCCACCAGGCCAUAUUGAUAUUGGUGGUAUAGGACUAAUAGAUGUCGUUUUGAAAGGAUGA